ACAGUUUAUGUCAAAAAAUUUCGUAACAGGUUAGGAGAAUAUAACCAGCAGUUUAGGAUAAUUAACGUACCGGGUUAGGAGAAUUAGGUUAAUGUUAUGAAAAAGGGUUACGGGUAGCUAAAAUAGAUUUUUUAAUAUAUAUAUUUUGUUGUACUUUUGACGUUAAUUUGACAUAAAGUGUAUCCCAUCUAGCAGUGACCCGCGCGUCGUCGACUGCAGCCUUGCGUGACACCAGAAAAAGGGGAUUCGUGUUUCGCGUAAUGCUGUUUAUUCUGUCUCUCGACAAUUUGUUAUUCUCGAAGGGGGUGGAAAUCGUAUAUUUUCACGUUUAAUCGACACGUCGAACAAUGUGAAAUGUUCUAUUUUGUGUUGUAAAGUGGAUAAAAGUUAAGGAAAACCUUGAAAUGGAGGCUUGCUGAGCAAAAUGGCUGGGCGCACUGAAAUGUGAAACAUUUGUAAGGUUAAACAGUAUCAGCAGAAAUAACUGGCACGCAAGGGCGCAGAAAUACCUUCUUUUUCCACCUCUGGAUGUGAAACAUCACUAUAAAUACCCCUAAAUAAACCUGCAAUCAUGGGUGAAUUCCUGAAAUACAUUGACUACGAUCACAAGACCAGUUUCCUGAAGAUGUUGAACCAGCAGAGGAUGGAAGGGGACCACUGUGACGUUGUGGUUGUGGUGGAAAACGUUGAGUUCAGAGCUCACCGCUGUGUCCUGGCCGCCUGCAGCAUCUACUUCAAGAAGCUGUUUAAAAAACAGAACGAUGUGGACAACUCCAUCGUGGAGCUCGACUUCAUCCGUUCAGACAUCUUCGAGGAGGUCCUCAAUUACAUGUACACCGCCAGGCUCGCCGUCCGCAAAAAGGACAUCAACCUCAUGAUGUCAUCCGGACAGGUCCUGGGGAUCACGUUCCUCGACAACCUGUGUUCGCAGAAACGCGAGCCCAACAUGAAGCCGAGUCGUGAGAACCAGGCGCCAGGGGACGGUAUGAGAGCCCAGGACGCCAUCCUCAAAGAGCUGGCCAUGGAGGAGGUGAGGAAGAACAGCUUCUAUGAUGGAGGGAUGGAGGCCAUGGGCUCCGGAGGGCCUCACGGGGUCCCUCCUCACUUCGGCGGGAACAUGUCUAAAGACCCCCACAGCGCCCACGGCUGGACCUCCUCUUCCUCCUCCUCCAGCGAUAUGAAGCUUGACUACCUGCUGUACGGCCACCGCUCUGACGGCAUCCACCCGGGAAUGAAACCAGGCGGAGACGGCCCCAAGAAAGACAAGUCCCACCUGGCCCACCGUCCGUUCGCUUGCGAGGUGUGCCCCAAAACCUUUACCACCCAGGCCCACCUCAAAGAGCACCUGAAGAUCCACACGGGCUUUAAACCGCACCGCUGCCUGGUCUGUGGCAAGGCGUUCAUACGAGGGCCCGACUUAAAGCGGCACGAGAGGGUCCACAGCAACGAGAGACCCUUCGGAUGCCAGAUGUGUGAAAAGGCCUUCAAGCACAAGUCCCACCUGCGAGACCACGAGCGGCAGCACAGAGGAGAGAGGCCCUUCAACUGCGGCUCCUGUGAAAAGGCGUUCAUCAAAGCGUCCGACCUGAAGCGCCACUGGAACACGAUGCACAGCCAGCGCAGAACGCUGUCCCCCGCCGCCACCGCCCCGGGCAGCAUCCAGGGAGACGCCGACACGCAGAGCCAGAGGGACUGGAAGCUAGAGGCUGGGCCACACUCGUAAGGACAGACUGUUACACACACACCAAGCAUACAUAGUGACAGACACACACACACACACACACAC